AUGCAAGUAGUAUUUCCCAUAUACAGGCUUCACCAUGACCCUGAAGCCUGGCCUGAACCUGAAAAUUUUGACCCUGAGCGAUUCCGUGGCCCUGCAAAGGMAUCCAGACACCCAUUCCAGUUCUUGCCAUUUGGUGAAGGGCCUCGAAACUGUAUCGGUAAGCGAUUUGCUCAGCUGGAAGUCAAGAUCACCUUGGUAAACAUCUUGACAAAGUACAGGUUUGUGCGUUGUCCUGAGACACAGGUUCCACUCAAGAUGAUACCAGGUUUCACGCUGAUUCCGAAAGAUGGCGUCUUCUUGAGGAUUGAGUCCUGUACUAACACUUAA